AUGACCAUCCAGCUAGCAAACAUCGGUGCGGUCUCAGCAUUAGCGACUCCUAAGACGGAGCUCGAUGCGAUGCUAAAUCAGACUCUAGAAUUACUGCAUAAAGUUCUUAAGAUGUCGCUGGGAAUGGUGCGUGACGAUGCGCUGCAGAACAAGGUCGCACAAGUGGCCGCGCUUGCUGCGCAGGUCCAACGCCAGUGUAUGAAGUCUGUCACCAAGCACUUUGAUCCGUUGCAGCCAAGUCAUAAAAUUAGUGAUGGGUGGGGAGGUACCACCCAGCAGCAGAGUGCAGCGCCCCAGCCAUCAGUAUGGUCUGGAUUUUAUAACAAGACGCUACGAGAACGGUUCGAUGUGCUAACGCUGAUGUAUCCGCACUUGAUAACGCUAAAGACACAGCAAAUAUCAGAUGGUGCCAUCCACAGUAUGCCGCUUUCCGAUCCGGCGGCCAGGCUAGGCGAACUGCCUUUACGCACGGCUAAUCUUAUGAUUGAGAACUGCAUCGGUGUGCUUGGUGUCCCACUCGGUCUCGGUCUUAAUUUUGUUAUUGAUGGUAAGAGUUUGUCUAUUCCUAUGGCCGUGGAAGAACCCUCGGUGGUGGCGGCUGCUUCUAGCGCUGCCAAACUGGUGGCUACUGCUGGAGGUGGCUUUAAAACUGCAACUUCCGGCAGCAUCAUGACGUCACAGAUCCAACUCUUAGAUACGAAGGAUAUUCCAGCGGCGAUUGCAGCGAUCAAAUCUAAUCGCGAGCGGCUGCUAGAGAUUGCCAAUAAAACACUUUGCCCGAACAUGAAAAAACGUGGCGGCGGUGCCGUGGAUAUUUAUUGCCGCUUGAUCAGCCAGGCUGCACGCACUGCUGUUAUUUCUGCGACUUGCAACGCCUGGUACACUCCAUGCGACGAUGAAGUCGUGAUCAAUGCUUCUGAAGCAGAUACGCAAUUUCUGGUCGUGCAUAUCGAUGUUGACGUGUGCGAAGCCAUGGGAGCCAAUAUUGUCAAUACCGUUGCAGAGGGUCUAUCAGAGGAAGUGUCAAAGAUCACACACAGCCGUGUGGGUCUACGCAUUCUUACAAAUCUUUGCAUGCAACGCCGGGCUCGUGCGGAGUUUGAAAUUCCGUUGAUGAAGCUUGGCUGGAAGGGAGUGGACGGUGAAGACGUGGCAAGUCGCAUCAUUGACGCCUACAAUUUUGCCGCUAUUGACCCAUACCGCGCUGUGACCAAUAACAAAGGAAUUAUGAAUGGAGUUGACGCUGUUGCUAUAGCUACAGGACAGGAUUGGCGCGCGAUCGAGUCUGCUGCGCACUGCUAUGCCAGUCGCUCGGGACAAUAUACCUCGCUCUCUCACUACGAAAUUGGAUAUGCCCAUAAUGGAUCUCGGACGCGUGUGCUGCGCGGUAUCUUGGAAAUGCCGAUUGCUGUCGGAUCGAAGGGCGGUGCACUCAUGACCCACCCAGGAUAUGCCGCUACUCACGUAAUUUUGCAGCAACCGACGGCUCGUGAAUUGAGUGGAAUAAUAUUGAGUGUCGGUUUGGCGCAAAAUUUUGCUGCGAUCCGGGCUAUUGCGGUGACAGGAAUUCAAAAGGGCCACAUGGCUCUUCAUGCCCGAAACAUCGCAGUUGCUGCUGGUGCACCAAGCGAGUUGGUGUCAGAAGUGUGCAGCUACAUGUUGCUGCGUAAAGCUAUUAACAUGGAGACAGCUAAGGAGUAUCUGCAUGCGCACGCUGUAUUCUCUGAGAUUCAGUGCAAUUCUCCACCGAUUUCUCUUAUCUCAGUGCUACCAUCGAUGUUCUACGUUGAAAUUCCAAUUCCAGAGCUCAAAAAUACGAUAAGUCUGAAUAUUGCUUUCGAAUCGAUUAAUAAGCACCCGCAGUACAUCGCUAUCAUGGCUCCAAGUGCUACUCGCAAGGACGACAAGAUGCUGACAGCUCUUCAGCAACAGUUGUUGGGUGAUAAAGGCUACAAUCAGCUAGAAAAAAUGUUUCUCUUUCUGGCAUCCAUGCGCUCGAUUGUCAAAUCUGCUUCAAAUUCCGACAGCGAGCUGCUCGUCUCGCGGUCAAAUAUUGAACUGCAGAACAAGUUGCAAUUGUUGUCUAUCCUCAUCAACAUAAUCGCAUACCGUUUGAUGGAAAUACGCCCCCACAAGGUGCGCACGUUCAUGCGACAGCUAUUGGAGGCAAGCAGUGUAUCUGUCAAAGGAUCAAAUUAUGGUGAGGUGCACGACCUGGACGCCAGGUUUCUGCACAAUCUCAUGGUAGAAAAUGUAAAUCCUGAUGACGAAAUAUUAUCGACAGGUUUGCCACUGUUCCUCGCAUUGUGGCAAGUAAUGCACUACCAUAUCGAACAGGACGUGCCGCACAAAUUACUGCGUACGCGCCUUGUGAAGAAGCAGUGGGCACUGUUAAACGACAUUGUUCGGAGUUAUGAGCUGGGAACGCUUUUCAUUGAUAGCAACAACGCUACAGAGCGAUCGCUCGAGGAAAGUUUUAUGAAAUAUGUUGCCGUGCAGGCUACUCGUUGGCAAGCGACGAUGUUGCUUUUAAUCGAUUCUUUAGCACUAGCCUCUGAGUUAGUGACAUCAGAUCGUUUGGAUUUUCUUACUUGUAUUGGUGAGUACUUGGAGUGGGAAGGUUCCAUAGCACACGAUCUGGCGCGUUACCCGCGUGACGCUACCGAAUGCGUGCCCAAUGCAUACUUAUUCUGGCUUUCUCAGCGUGAAAUUCCUCACUCGCAGGGCAAAGAAUACGAGAGUGAAUUUCGUGGCGUGGCAAACACCUUGGCUGCUGAGAAAUGGGAACAGUUGUUACAAAAAGCGCGACGAGACUCGUUAGCUGCUUCUACGUUCUCAUUGCCAGCGGUGGAACAAGUUAUUGGUCUUAUACGCGAAAUUUAUGGCGAUCACAGCCGCCGCUGCGCUUGA